CGAAAACAAUAUUCCCGAAGGACGCCAACGGAACGCACAGCACUUUCUGUUGAGCAGGAGCUCGUUGAGGAGCAGGACAAUCGUGGACAGAGGAUAGCCACCAGGUACCAGGUCCGCAGUAUUUACUGUCGCAGAGGGCUCAUCUGAGGAGCUGAGCAGCUGAGCAGCGGAAGAAUCGCAAGCGCAGACGAGGACGAAGAACUGGACAGGAUGUACAAGACCAUCAGGCACGGCGAGAACAGCCUGCAGUACACGAUUCUGCCCCAGAACGACGACUUCCGCAUCGAGGGCAAGCUCUCGGGCGCCGGACGAUCGGCCUCCACCUCGGCAUCCGCAUCCGCAUCCGCAUCGGCAUCCGGAAAGGCCAAGGGCCAGCGACGCCGCCGUUCCUUCUUCGCCUACUUGGGCUUGAUCUUCGUGUGCACGGUGAUCAUUGGCGCCGUGCUCAUACCCUUCCUGGUCUCCGCCGAGUGUCUGCCGAAUCCCGCGGAGUGGUUCCUCAAGACCAAGGCGGCCCUGAUCCACAGUCCACCUGCAGGCGGUGGCGAGGCGGCUGGCCCUUCCACACUGCCCACAGGAUCGCCCUUGCUGCAGCAGAACGUGGGACGGAAUGUGCAGAUUGUGAACCGCAAUGGCAUUGAGCAGUUCGUCAUCCGCGUGAACAAGACCACCAAUCCGAGUGCCGGUGGCACCACCAGUGGCAUCGCCAGUGGCUCCCCCACCGUGGCCACCAGCUCCGGCUCCAGCACCAGUAUCAGUAGCAGCACCUCCACAACAACGACGACGACGACAACCGCUCCAGCACCCACAACCACCAGCUCCUCCACCUCCACCACGACCACCAGGGCGCCUCCAGUGACAACCCCAAGGUACCUGCCGCCGCCACCGCCGCCGCCGGCCACCACGAUCACCACCCGCAUCAUCCAGGUGCCGCUACUCAAGUCCGCCGCCAAGAAGCCCAUAAUGCCGCCAGUUCUGGCCAAGGCCCAGGGGCCGCAGAUCCUGCCCGGAGGCGGCCAAAACUCCAGGCUGCAGCCAGCGUCGGAAUCGAAAUCGGAAUCGGAAUUGGGAUCGGGAUCGGGAUCGGGGGACGGGCAGAAGAGCAACGCCGCCUGGAUAAAGACGCACUGGGCCUACAUCGAUCCCUCGACGUACUUCCAAUGGAGCGGCUACAAGGACGAGGAUAGCGUGCUGCUGCCCGCUCUGCUGGGCUUCGCCCUCAUCGGCGUGAUUCUGAUCAUCACGGUCUGCCUGGUGGCACGCAACAAGCGCACCAUCGUGUCCUCCGUCCGCAAGCGGAAUCGCAACGACAUCGAGGAGCAGGGCGCCGAGGACAACGCCACGCUGCUGACCACCACCAACAUGUCGGACGACGACUAAUUGGAGCUCGUCCAGAUGAUUUCCCCUUCACCCUCGGCUCCAGCUUUUGAUUUCCGGCCUGCUUGAUUCCAAGCGAUUCCAAGUCGCUGGGCCAUCGCCCAUCCUUUCGAGUUUAUCCGGACCUGCUAAGUUUGUAAGAUUGUAAGAUUGCUCCACACCAGCGCAUCCAGUAUGCUAAUCCCGAUUCCGCACCCUCUCCCCUGUUUCCCCUCCCCUUCCGAGCGAGAUCCCAGAACGAAGAAGACUGUUUCUGAAACAAUUGCUUAGCUAUCUCCGCUCCUCGUAGCUUUCCAAUGCUCCUUCUUCGCCCGGAAACUGUGUGUGUGUGUGUGCUCGAGAGAGAGUGUGUGUGUGAGUGUGAGAGAGCUUGGUCUCGACCUCCAGAUACCCCGUACUUAUAAAUAUGCAUAAACUAGCUUGACAACUUGAGGUGGCAACUGGGCAACUGGGCUCCUCCAUGCAGGGCUCUCAAUCUCAUCCAAAGUACUUUCCAAACCAAGCGAGCUUUUUCAACAUAACUGUUGGCCCACUUUGCACCUGGCAAUCCACCUAGUGGUGCUCCCGCUGCUCCGAGACCCAACGCAUCGUAGGAAGGGGAGCACAGUGGCUACCAAUCAGAGGAGCCCGCGGAAGUCGCACUCAAAUCAAAUGAAACGUCCAGAAGUAAGAAUAUUUUUCGCAAGCAGCGUUUGCCGGACGUUGUCCACACCUUAUUUUGCAGCACAGGCUGGCGGGGAUUGGGAUGUAAGAUCUGCCCGCCAUUCAGAUGGGGCAGUGAUGCAGUGAAUCAGUGAGGCUGCAAGACAGCAAGACAGCAAGGCAGAGAGAAAUAUUAGUGGGGGACUACUGUUCGUCUAUAUAAACUGUGUAUAACUGUGAGCAUUGACAAGUAUUUGAGAUGAUCUGUAUUUUUGUAAGCGUAAUAUUUAAAGCGACAGCCAACAAACCGGGACAACCACAAUCCAGAGAAGCAACUAUAAAGCGCAAGAUAUCGCUCGUAGGAUAUCAGCACCCAACACACGCGACAUACGCGACACACCCGACACGAUUUAUUUGACAAUUUGCUCAACGCAUGUACACACGUAAUAUACAUACAGCAUGGAUGUAAAUAUAUAUAUAUCUGCAUAUAUAUAUACGAAAAUAAGUAACGCAAAGUAUGAGGCUUGCAUUUACAUUUACGAGCGGGAUAUAUCCUCCAUAUGUAUAUGUUAUCACUAAUUUGCAAAGCUAAACUAAGUCCAUAUAUACAAAACAAAUAUCGGAAGUGGAAGUGGCGAACACACACUAUAUUGAAUGUUUUUGCUUGUUAAAGUAAAUAAUAAAGAUGAAAACUCGAAA